GCAGCAUGUGAAAAGGGGAAUGAGGACAUUUUGCCAUGGGUGACUGCUAUAAGAAACCACUUUUGGUUUUGUAGUAGAAACUGUGAUGGAAAUGUUGAUGACUUCAAGGUACUGUACAUGCCAGUACAGCAUUUUGUUUUUAUUACUUUUAGAUAAUCUACAUGUAUUAUUGCAAAUCAAGUGUUCUUUUAGGAUUUGUGGUUAGCAUUAUUACAUCAUGUGGUAGAUGAACACAGUUGGGUCUUAAAUGAUGGGAAGUCUUCUGGGAAAUGUGGCCAUGGUCCUCUCACAGAUGAUAGGCAAAAGCCUUGGUUAUUAAAAAAUAGCAAGGCACACAAGGCGUUGCAGAAAAUUGUCCUCAGCAAGAGAUUUCUAAAUACAUUUCGAUAUUAUACAAGGUUUCGGUAAGAAAAAAGUGUUUUAAUAGGUUUUAUUUAAAUUGUAAUAAAAGCAAAUCUCUUUACAAUGUAAAUAAUUAUUUUUUUCUAUUUCAGGCACACAGGCUUCCGUGAAUCCUAUCACAAUCAUUUACUGAUGUAUUGCCCAAAACGUCAGUCCUAUUCGUAAGUACAUUUUAAGCAGCUAUAUAGUUAACGCAAUACUCUUAUCAUCUGCGUACUUAAUUUUUUGCUUAAAGUGCCUAUGACAUGAAAUUUAUUAUUUUCUUAAAUGAAAGAACUCUUUAAGCUGUAGUGUAACUUAUAUUUCAGUUUCUUGUUUUUAUGGUUUGUUCCGGAGAUAUUUCAAUUUGUUUGACAUGUAAAUGAGUGUGAAUAUGUCCGCUAAUUUAUGACGUCACGUUGGUUGCAAGCUCCUCAAAAUGGUUGAAUAUCACUGCUAUCAUCCAAGAUGAUAACUUCAAACUUCCCUCACUGGUAAAUGUGAUGAAACACUGGAUAAAAACGUGAACUGAAAAUAGAGUUAAUAGAUUUAUAGCCAGUGUAAGUUGAGCUUGCAACCAACGUGACGUCAUAAAUUAGCGGACAUAUUCACACUCAUUUACAUAUCAAACAAAUUGAAAUAUCUCGGGAACAAACCAAAAAAACAAGAAACUGAAAUAUAAGUUACACUACAGCUUAAAGAGUUCUUUCAUUUAAGAAAAUAAUAAAUUUCAUGUCAUAGGCACUUUAAGCCGGUUUUCAUUAGGCGGAAUUUUCAGUGCGGAAUGGAAUUUUUCUUUAUCUUUUCUAAUUAGUUCCACCUGAGAAAUAAAAAAUCAAAGAAAAUUUCCGCUCCGCGCGCAAAAUUCCGCCUAGUGGAAAACCGGCAUUAUACCAUUUUAUCUGUCCAAGCCCAAGUUAUUCAAAACCGUAAUUUAGUUAGAAUAUGUGCAAGUCUAGCACGACUGGGCAUGAUUGGACUGAUAUGAUCACUGAUCAGAUAGAAAUAAGAAAUGUUGUUAGAGUCGAUCGUAGCCUGUGUCUCGAAUUGUGUUCCUUGAUAUAUAACACUAAUACUAGUUUCGUGUUACUGAAGGAAUCCCUUUCAGAAACCUGUACUUGAUGUAAUUCAUUAUAAAGUUAGGUACACCUUGAGGUUUGUACCAGCUCAUGCAAGUACGCGACAAUAAUCAUUGGAGUAUUAUUUUUUGUAUUCUCUAUAUUCCUGAACAGGUUCGUUGGAUACAAAUUACGAAAUCAACUGGCUACCAUCGAUUUUAAUAGUCAUCAAAACAGAGAACCAGCUACAACUGCCGAUGGAAGAGUUCGGUAAGAUAAUGACUAUGAUAUAUGCACAGUAUAUAUACCUGUAUACGGUAUAUAUAUAUAUAGAGAGUAAUGACUGCUAACCAUAUAUUGAAAUUACAGGGCUUUCAGAAUUAUUUAACUAGGUGAUUAAGAUAAGAAAGUAUCCAGUGGUGAUGUGUAUUUACUGUAGAGUUGUUUGUUAAUGGUGUUGAUAAUGUUCUGAUAUUUGACUAAAAAACCUGGCAGUGAACCUGUACUCGCAAUCACUGGAUCUGACGGUUCCACUUCAGUAUUUAUAUGCAUUGAAAACCGUGUGAGGUAAGUGCUUCUAAGGUCUAUUAAGUUAAUGGAAAACUUUUGACCAUUAUAUUAAUAUAUUAUUUUGCAGUUACCGUGCACAAUACAGUAAACGAACCAAGCAAUGGUGUCCAGUUACCAUUCUCAAGGCAAAAGAAUACAAGUACAUUCCAGAUCUUAUUGCCAAAAUAUUUGAAAUGCAAGUUAAAGUGGGAAAUGUGAAUAAAAAAAUAAAACGAAGUACAGAAGACCCACGUAACAUAUCUCCUAACAUUGCUAUUGUUCCAAGACCAAGUGUGGAAAAUCUGCUGUUGAAGAACAAGUCAAGAUUCACAUAA